UGCAGACGUCCAGCAGCUGAUCGGUAAUCCAGAAGAAGUUUCCCCUCAGUUAGGGGGGAGCUCCACUUUGAAGCAGGAGACUCCACAACCCAUCCAUCCAUCCAUCUUCUUCCGCUUAUCCGAGGUCGGGUCGCUGGGGCAGCAGCCUAAGCAGGGAAGCCCAGACUUUCCUCUCCCCAGCCACUUCGUCCAGCUCUUCCCGGGGGAUCCCGAGGCGUUCCCAGGCCAGCCGGGAGACAUAGUCUUCCCAACUCCACAACCACCCUGCAUUAAAAAGGAAGAGGAGGAACUCUGCAUCACUCAAGAGGGAGAGUGUCUUCUAGGACGAGAGGAAGCUGAUUACACCAAGUUUCCACUGAAUAUUAUCUUUGUGAAGACUGAAGAUGAUGAAGAGAAACCACAAGUAGACAACCUCUUAGCUCCACUAUCAGAUAGUGAGGAUGAAGACGAGGUUGAAGAACCUCUGAGCAGCGAUAAAGACUGUGAAGGUGAUAUGAGGACUCACACUGACAACAAACACUCUGAAUGCUCUACAAAGAAGAGAGGUAAAACAUGUUUGAGCUGCUCAGUUUGUGCUGAAAGUUUUACUAAAAUGAGCCUUUUGACUCGACACAUGAGAACACACACAGGUGAAAGACCAUUCAGUUGUUCAGUUUGUGCCAAAAGCUUUUCUCGAAAAUGUGGUUUGACUCAACACAUGAGAACACACACAGGAGAGAAAACAUUUAAUUGUUCCUUUUGUAGCAAAAGCUUUUCUCGAAAUUGCAGUUUGACUGAACACAUGAGAACACACACAGGUGAAAAACCAUUUAACUGUUCAAUUUGUGGCAACAGCUUUUCUCGAAAUUGUAGUUUGACUCAACACAUGAGAACACACACAGGUGAAAAACCAUUUAAGUGUUCAGUUUGUGGCAACAGCUUUUGUCAAAAGAGCAAGUUGACUCAACACAUGAGAACACACACAGGUGAAAAAACAUUUCAUUGUUCAGUUUGUGGCAAAAGCUUUUCUGUUAAGACCACUUUGACUGAACACAUAAGAACACACACAGGUGAAAAACCAUUUACUUGUUCAAUUUGUGGCAAAGGCUUUUCUGUUAAGAGGAAUUUGACCGAACACACGAGAACACACACUGGACAAAGACCAUUUUAUUGUUCAGUUUGUGGUAAAAGCUUUCCUAAUAAUAGCUCAUUGUGUCGACACAUAAGAACACACGCUGGAGAAAAAACAUUUAGUUGUUCAGUGUGCUGUAAAAGGUUCCAACAUAAUGUAGACGCAGUAAAACACACAAGAACACACAACCAAUUAGCUGUUUAGUUUGUGGUAUGUUGCUCAUAUGUGGUGACAUCCACCCUACCCAGGACCUCCUCACUGCUUCUUUCACAAAUAUCUGAGGUAUUCAUACAAACUUGGAUUAUUUGGAGCAUAAUCUUAUCCACUCAUGACCCCAUGUCUUCUCUGUAUCUGAAACCUUCCUGAACAGUAAGAUAGAUGAUGCUUCAAGUGCUUGGUUACUCCUUCUUCAGUCCAGGGACCUGGGGCCUCAUGUGUCAAGUUUGUGCACGCUCAAAAACCUGCACUACACCCUUUUUCACUGCAAAGUUGACAUGUAUCAAAACUGACGUUGACGUAUAAGUGAUGCUGGGUAACUGUUUGCAUAACAAAGUGCCAACUUUUACUCUUUGACUUUGUCAUGUUGUAUUUUUAAGUUAUCAUGCCAUGAUUUUACCCAUCCGGUACAUGUGGAAAUAGAUUUUCCUCCAUGCGGCCCCUGAGCUAAAAUGACUUUGACACCCCUGCUGUAAUCUGACUCAUGUGAGCAGGUUACUGUAUAAACACAUUUUGUUAUAAGUUAUAAAAAAGUGUUCAGUUGUCAGAAACACAUCAAUGUCAGUGUAGCUGCUGAUAGAAGCAACAUGUAUAUUUGAUAUAUGAUGUCAUAGUUGGUGAGAAUAAAUAAAUACAAUGCAUAAAGAUAAGUUCAUAUUGUACACAUAAUGUGAUUAAAAAGGUAUUUCCUUGGGUUAAUUCAUGCAAGUUUAUGUUAACUUUAUUUUUGUUACAAACCCAUGUCAAUUGAGUGGGGAAUAUAAUUUGGUCACGUUGUUGGGGGAACAAUUAAUAUGUGAGGGAAUUAAGGAAGCAGCAUGAGACGACAAGUGUUUGAUGUGGAAGACGUUAAUGGAGUCGCGGAUUGAAAAUAAACUUUAUUCCCUUGGAGUUUAUGAGGCCAACGAGGUAUGAUUACUUCUGAUAUGUUUGUGAAAUCUAUGUUUUCUUUUUUGCAUGUCAGACUAAUUGUAAGUUCUGUUUGCUUAUUUUAUUACUUCUGACGGCAUUAUAUUUGGCAUCGUUGGUAACAUGA